UGUAUUUCGGUGCACAUAAACUGAUACUUCCUGUUAGAAAGUUUUGUGCGCUUUGAGCACUAUUUGGUCAUGUUUAAGAAUGUUUUGAGUAGACUGGUGACAGAAACGGUUUGUGUCCACCGUCAUGUGAAGCACGUACCGUUUACACAGACCUUUACAACCGGCCGAGUGUCGGUGAGAAGCUUCACCGACGUGAAGGACGAAGUGCAGCCGCCUUUUGACUCGUCUCUGCUGGAGCUCCUAGUAUGUCCGCUUUCCAAGAAGCCACUGAGGUACAAUGCUGAGACCAACGAGUUGAUCAAUGAGGAACUUGGCAUCGCUUAUCCCAUCGUUGACGGCAUUCCCAAUAUGAUCCCUCAGGAGGCCAGGCUCCUACAGAAAGACGCAGACACUUCCAAUAAACCUGCACAAUAACUCAA